UCAACGACUUAUAGCAGUACUGCAGCAGGCAUUCUGAGACUGGGGGGAACUGACUUGGUGUCACUGACAUCCCCAAUGACACCAUUACAGUGAUCAGUGCUAAUAAAAAGCACUGACACUGUACUAAUGGCACUGGGUAGGAAGGGGUUAAUAUUUGGGGUGAUCAAAGGGUUAACUGUGUUCUGUUUCACUAUGUUGGCUGUGUGUAUCACUGCAAGCACACUGGUUUGUAUGGCUCUGCUAUGCAGAGCCAUACAAAGCAGUGUGCAGGUGCUGACAGGGGAGAGAUCUGUGUUGUUUGUACACAAGUCUCUCCCCCAUCGGAGAUACUCGGAGAUCACCGGGUGCUGGUGAAUAAUCA